AUGGGCAAGCACCGCACAGCACGAAAAUUCACCGGUGCCCAAAAGCUGGACAAAAAUAGCGGACUCGGGCAUGCACUAGAGAAUGCAAGACAACGAGAUAAGCGGGAACAGCAGGCACACAUGCAAUCUGCAAAUCCCGCUGCUGAAACGUUCAAGCAAAUUCAUGGGCCCACUAUUCGCAGUGUUGUCGAAGAAUGCGAUCUGGAAGCUAUCAUAGCCCGAGCUGUUGCCGAAGGCCGAGAGUUCACUAUGAAGCAGGAAGCUACACUCUUGCACGAACAGAACUUCCAGGCUGAACUGCAAGUUUCCCCCACAACCUCUCAGCUUUCGUAUAUCGCCACACGAAAAAAUCUGUUGCGCAUACCACGUCGCCCGGCCUGGUGCGUCGGUAUGUCUAAAGAGGAGCUGCAGUCUCGCGAGCAAGAAGCCUUUUACAUUUGGCGUUCAGAGCUUGCGAAACUUGAGCAGGAGCGAGUUGUUACGGUCACCCCUUUUGAGAAAAAUCUUGAUAUUUGGCGACAGCUUUGGCGUGUUGUGGAGCGGUCCGAUAUUCUAUUUCAGGUUGUUGAUUGUAGGAACCCUUUGUUGUUCCGCUCGUCAGACCUUGUGCAGUACAUGAAGGAGAUUGGGUUGCGGCAGAAAACAUAUAAGAGGAGUGUUUUGCUUUUAAAUAAGGCAGACCUUGUUCCUCUAGAAGCAAGAAAGAUAUGGACGCAGUAUUUUGCAGCAAAUCGUAUUGAGCACGUAUACUUUUCCGCUCUUCGUGAGGAAGCCCUCAUCAAGCUUAUAGCAUACCAGAUAAAUAAGCAUGAACGAGACCUCAAAGAGCAGGAGGCUCUUAUUAGAGCGGGAGUUUGUAGCUAUAAGGACGCAGUGCAGCGGCUUGAAAACGACCUCGAAGAAGACGUGCCAUCCGAGAAUUCUGUAGCAGAUAUCUCUGAGAAAGAAGAGGCUGAUCUUCCCGACCACGACGCAGAUCAGCCACGAAAGAAAAAAGGGAAGCGAGUAAAGCCCGUCUCUGAGGACGUAUUAGAGAGGAUCAAACUGGAGUAUGACCUCAUCAUUAGUCGCGACGAUACCGAUGAGCCUCUUCCCUUUAAAUAUCUUGAUACUGGUGCCGGGAUAUCAUCUCCCGCUGAUCUCAACUUACUAAAGUCCUCUAGAAUACUCACGCGUGACGAGCUUAUUGUGGUAAUAAAUUUACUCUCAGAGGAGGUUCGAAGGGAGGGGGUUAGGCUAAACUGUGCAAAAAGAGACUCUGAUACCAUCACAAUCGGAAUGGCUGGAUACCCCAACGUGGGAAAGUCCAGCCUGAUUAAUGUCAUUGCAAUUGAGACAGGCGUAAGGACCGCUGUAGCGGCAACGCCCGGGAAAACUAAGCAUUUCCAAACUAUCGUCUUGAGCCCGACCAUCACGCUUUGCGAUUGCCCUGGAUUGAUUUUCCCAUCAUUCACGCACUGUCGUAGCGAUCUGCUCUGCAAUGGCAUCCUAUCAAUAGACAACGAAAGGGAUUACAUGGCACCGAUCAGAUUGGUCGCAGCGAGAAUACCCAAGCGCGUCUUUGAAAAGGUGUAUAAUGUACAAAUCAAAGAUGUGGAUAAGUUUAGCGUCGCCCAGCUACCGGUCGGCGUCAAUCCUGCAGAGGUGUACGCCACAGCCGAGCAGAUAUGUGAUGCCCUGGCCUUGCGCCAUGGGUACAUGCAGUCUUACGGCGGGACUGACCGUGCCCGUAUAGCAAGAAUCAUACUAAAAGACAUGCUAAAAGGGAAGUUAGUCUGGAUUUCUCUUCCCAGUGCAGCUCCGUGA